AUGCACCGAGCGACGCCAGGCAGCGCCCGGAAGGGCCGGCGCGAGAGCGGAUCGCCGGGCUUCGAGACGCCGCCGCUCAUGGUGCGCCAGCGCCUUGCGUCCCAGGACAGCGUUGAUCCGCCCUUUCAGCGGACGCUCUUCCGCGACGACGUGAGCGGCGCGUAUGGAUCGAUGCUGGACGACGACGACGACGACGACGACGAGGAUGGCGAAGCGUAUGAUUCCGAAGACGAGCACGAGGCCAUGCAGCGCAUGGCGAACCGACCACUUGGCAAGAAGCGCUUGCCGUGGUACCGGACCAAGCCAUCCAUGCGCGCAGCAGUGGACGGGCUUGCGCGCGUCAUGGAGUAUACGUGGCUCUUCUUACCGGGUCUCUGUCUUGCCGUGGCCUUUAUCUAUCCUCAGUACUUGAUCCGCGUCGUCCAGUCAUCGUCCGGAUCGUUAACGUCCCACGGCCACAGCCAAGCCCAAGCCAUCUCGAGUAUCCAAGUGCAUUUAGACGCGAUGAUCCACGACAUGGAUGCGCUCAAGAAGGCGCAGCGCGACCAGUCCAGCAAGAUGGACGAGCUGCGCUUCCUCCAUGAGCAGACCGCCGAGCGCAUGCCCGACGCCGAGCGUGUCUCGACCGAAUCGUUUCCGUGCUCUGGCGCGGAGCAUACGGAAGAAAUGGUGUCCAGUGCCGUCCAAAAGACGCUUCGCGACAUGACAGCUGACGUCCAGAAUAUGCUUGGCCCACUCGAGUCGACUAUUGCGUCGCUCUCGGGACAAGUGAGCGCCCUUGAAGAAAGCAGUCGCGUUCAGCACACGCGUCUCGUGGCGGCCGAAGGGAUUCUUGACGCAUUAGCGACCGAGGCCCCUCGACUGGAGGCCGCUGACUACACGGAGGCCCAUUUGCAGCUCACGCAAGAAAUGGCGCGCUUCAAGACCGAUUUGGCGACGUGGAUUCGCGAAGAAACGAGUCGCAUCUCGAGUGAGAUUCGGGCGACCCUUACAUCGCGACGUUCCAGUCAAGGUCGCAUCGACUAUGCCAGCCGUGCAAAUGGCGCGCGCGUCGCCAUGUACAAGAGUGAUUUCUUUGGCUCGUGGCUCGAGUCGCUCUUGAUGAACUGGAUGUCGCCGGCCCCGUACACGUCACCGUCGUACUCGGAUUUCCCGCUCUGCUCACUUCUGGGCACAUCGUGCCCGCUCACGAGCUCCAACCCCGAGACAACCAUCGCGGACAGCCCCGUUGGUCAAUUGCCAACUUGCUGGAGUCUCCAAGGGUCCUCCGGCAAGCUCACAAUCCAGUUUCGAGACCCGAUUGUGGCCGAGACGGUGCAACUGUACCGCCCCGAGACGGCAAAUGACGGUGCUGGAAACAGUAAUGCGUCGACAGCACCCAAGAUGUUCCAAGUUACGGGACUCGCGCUUGAUCCUGUCCUGCAGCGCGUCCUUUCGGUCGACUUGGGCACGUUCGAGUUUGCGGCUGACGGUCCAUCGACGCAAGAGUUUGCGCUGAGUGCCCUCGCUUCGCGGACCCCGAUUGACGGCGUCACACUGCACGUGCUCUCCAACUAUGGCCACGACAAGUAUACGUGUCUCUAUCGCAUUGGCGUGUUUGGUCAAAAGCUCUAAUUCCAUCACAUUUGCCCUCGU